GGUUUGGGGGGCAGGGAAGGCUAAACUCCCUGGAAUCCCCGCGCAGCGUUUUGGAAAGCGAGGUUAAAGCAGAUGAUGAGCAAGAGGAGUCUGACAGCGUGCGUUUCUCACGGGCUGCUGUGGAGGAGAGCUCUGCACCGCCAAGUCUAGCAAGCAGCUAGCGUGGAGGAGGCGGCGGCAGGGGCUGUGCGCAAGGCUGCUCAGCACCGGCAAUUAUUGCUCCAGCUGUUUGGACAAAGACACAAAAUCCUAAGGGUGGCGGAUUUGGCAGCCCAGGAGCGGCGGCUGCGUUGCCUGCCCGGAGCCGGGCUCGUGCGGACUGAGCUGGCGGACUCGGAGUGACUGUGGGAUUCCCUCCCUCCCGCGGGAGGCUGGCGCUGGGCAGAGGCGUCAGGCACCUGCCCGGGGGCGGGCUUGGCUCGAACGCUGCGGCCCCAGCGCCACUGGAGGGGAACCCUCGGAUCCGCUUCUCAGCCGGGCUCCCCGCUCCGGCGGCCAGGGGCUGCUCCCGGGAGGGGACCCGCCUCCCCCUGCACGUGCCCGGACGGAGCUGGCGCGGCUGCCCGGGUCUAGCCGCCGCCUGUUCCCCCAGUGCACGAGCCUGUGCCCGGGCGCAGCCGCCUGAGAGGAGCAGCCCAUGGGCACGGGCUUGUGCCCGGGCCGUGCUGGUGCAGCUGCCCGGCGUUAGCCCAUGGGCCGAGCCGCUGCCCGCGACUAACCAGCCUCCUGCGCUGCCCAUGUGCUCCAGCCUGCGCCCGGGCGCCGCCGCCGCCGCUGCUGGCUCGGACUAGCCGCCUCCUCCCCCGGUGGAUGCCGCCGGGGAGCGAGCGGAGCGCGCAGCCGGGGAGGGGGGCUGCCGCGGCCGCCGGAGCCGGAGUGCCUGCCAGUGCCCUCUGCGCUCACCAGCAUGCUUUACUUCCAGAUGGUGAUCAUGGCAGGGACCGUGAUGCUGGCUUAUUACUUCGAGUACACGGACACCUUCACGGUCAACGUGCAGGGCUUCUUCUGCUACGAGGGCUCCUAUCGCAAGCCCUACCCGGGCCCGGAGGACAGCAGCGCCGUGCCCCCGGCGCUCCUCUACGCGCUGGCCGCAGGGGUCCCGGUGCUGGUGAUAAUCAUUGGAGAAACUGCAGUGUUUUGUCUACAGCUAGCUACAAGGGAUUUUGAAAACCAAGAAAAAACCAUAUUAACUGGAGACUGUUGUUAUAUAAAUCCACUGGUGCGCAGAACCAUCCGAUUCCUUGGAAUCUAUGCAUUUGGACUGUUUGCUACAGAUAUCUUUGUAAAUGCUGGACAAGUAGUAACAGGGAAUCUUGCACCACAUUUUCUUGCACUUUGUAAACCCAACUAUACAGCACUUGGAUGUCAACAGUUCACACAGUUCAUCAGUGGUGCACAUGCCUGCACUGGAAACCCAGACCUUAUUAUGAGAGCCAGAAAAACAUUUCCAUCCAAAGAAGCAGCUCUCAGUGUAUAUACAGCUACGUAUCUGACUAUGUAUAUUACCAACACAAUAAAAGCCAGAGGAACAAGGCUUGCAAAACCUGUUCUGUGCUUAGGCUUAAUGUGUUUGGCAUUUCUUACUGGUAUCAACAGAGUAGCCGAGUAUCGAAAUCACUGGUCAGAUGUGAUAGCAGGAUUUAUAAUUGGAAUAUCAAUAGCAGUGUUUUUGGUUGUAUGUGUGGUAAAUAAUUUUAGAGGAAGACAACCAGAACAUGAAAAUUCUCAUAUGGAUAAUCUGGCCCAGAUGCCAAUGAUCAGCAUCCCACGAGUAGAAAGUCCUUUAGAAAAGAACCACAUCACGGCCUUUGCAGAAAUCACAUGAUGAUGAAGCUGAUGUAUAUUCACUACACUGGACAUCAUCUCUUUUCACAGUCCACUCAUAAUAACGGAAGUGUGUUGAAAAUAAGACAGUAAAAAUUGUCUGAUUUAUAACUUGAUUUUUACAACAUUAAAACUACAUCAACAUUUGAAAAAUACUUCUUAAAUAUUAAAAGGUCACUUUACUUUCCAACAAAAGCAUUGCACCAUUAUUUAUGUAUUUAUUUAUGGGGGUGGGGGUGGGAGGGAAUCUGAACACUAGUCAUGUUUGUAUGACAAUGCCCUCUCUAGCCUUUUUUUGGAUAUUUAUCAUUUUAAUUAUUCAUAUAUCUAUUCAGCAGUACAUCAUUUUCUGAUUGAUUUGGAUUUUUAAAAUCUGGAGUUUUUAAUUCAGCAUGACAUUGUUUCCAUUUGAGCAGAUUUCAGUGUAUGAAAUUUUUUUUAAAAAUUAUGUUCUGUACUAAAAUGCUAUUUGCUCAUUAUAUUAUGCUGUAUUUCACUUAAGAUAUCAUUCAUACCAUAUGUUACAUGUAAGACUGGUGCUUCUGCUUUUGAAGAGAAAAAAUGCCAAUUUUUACUGUAAUAAGUAUUGUAUCAUAAUUAAAAGUUUAUUUGGAUAUUUUCCUGA